AUGUUCAAUGUGUCAUCAGAGCAAGCGCUAAUCAAUAUCGCAGGAACUCUGGGGGACAGGAUCUUUAACAUUGAAGACUCUAUCAGCAUAGAUGGUGUGCAGAGCAUCAAUGUCAACAUGAGUCUGGGCCUGACUCUCACUCCAAUAGCUAAACCUAACACAUUGAUGACGUGUGGUCCUCUGUGGGCUCAGCGCUGUGGCAGUCAGUAUUUUUACCCAGGAGUGUGUGCUGAAGUGAGCCCACAGUUUACGCUCCAGUCAUCCUUCUCUCCUGCCAUUCAAACUUGUGGUGGGCCAAUGGAUGUUGCCAUUGUUUUGGAUGGAUCAAACAGUAUAUAUCCGUGGCCUGAUGUUAGAAACUUUCUCAUAAAGCUUUUGGAAAAUCUCGAUAUCGGACCAGAUAAAACUCGAGUCAGUAUAAUGCAGUAUUCAGAGGAUUUGUCCUUUCUUUAUCAUUUUAGUUCUGACCAAAAUAAAGACAAAGUUCUUUCAGCAGCUUCUGGUAUUGAGCAAAAAACUGGAACAGAAACCAACACUUUUGAAGCACUUGACAAUGUCAGACAAACAGCUUUCCUACCAGAAAAUGGUGGUCGUCCCGGUGCCACUAAGGUGUUGGUGGUGGUAACAGAUGGAGAAUCUGCUGAUGGUUCUAAAGGUCAAGAGGUCAUUGAGAGAUGCAACAGAGAUGGCAUCAUUCGCUUUGGCAUUGCUAAAAUACUGGGAUCCAAACUGGGCCCAGCGCUUCGUUUCUUUGGACGCUCUUUAGAUAGUCGUGCUGAUAUGAACGGUGACUCAAUCCCUGAUAUUUCAGUCGGAGCGGCUGGGAAGGCAGUGCAGCUCUGGUCAAGGGGAGUUGCAGCUGUCACAACGACGGUCUCCUUCAGCCCUGAGAAGAUCAGCAUUCUGAGUAAACCUUGCAUGUUUGGAGGAAGGAUGGUGUCGUGUGUUAGUGCCAAAGUCUGUUUCAGAUCAAAAUUCAGACCCACAGUAUUAGCCGGUAAAGUAGACAUCAAGUACAACCUGACUCUUGACGCUGACCUGCAGUCAUCUAGAGCCACUUCAAGAGCCCAGUUUGACAACUCAGAGCGACUUAUCCAGAAACCUGUCAGCGUCUCUGACAAAGAAAGCUGUGUUGAUCAUAAUGUCUAUGUGCAGGAGACUCCUGAUUUUGUGAGUCCAGUUGCUUUGCGAGUCGACAUCAGUCCACAGAAUCCAGACACGGGCCCUGCCCUGGAUGCAUUUCAGCCCAAAGCGUGGGAAUUUUUUAUCCCUUUUGUGAAGGACUGUGGCUCUGAUGACAAAUGCUCUUGUGACCUGAAGCUGACUGUGAAAGCUGUUCAUGUAUCUAGCUCAUCUUCACUUCUAGUCAGACCUGACAGAAGAAGACUGUCCUUCGUCGUGACAGUAACGAACAUGAAGGAAAAUGCGUACAACACAAGAGUGUCUGCUAACUUCUCCAGGAACCUGUUCUACGCCUCUUUUACACCACCUGGAGACAACACUGAGGUGAAAUGCAGUUCAAAAACAGGCUCACUCGACUGCAGAGUUGGAUACCCAAACUUGACGCCUGGCCAGACAGUAACAUUUGAGAUCAACUUUGACUUCAACUUAAAUCAACUAGAGAAACAGGCUGUUGUGAACUUUGAAGUGCAAAGUGACAGCGAGGAGGAGGUGACAUCUGAUAACAAGGUCUCUCUCUCCAUCCCUGUCCAGUAUGAUGCCGAAAUCAUCCUCACCAGAGACUUAAACUUGGAUUUUUGCGGCAUUGGUUCUGAGGAUCAAGUCAAACAUACUGUCUCAGGUUUCGAUGACAUUGGCCCAGAAUUCGACAUAACAUUACAAGUUUCAACAGGAACUUUCCCAAUCGAUCAGGCUCAUCUGACCGUCUCGCUGCCCACCAGCACCAAAGCUGGAAAUCCUUUACUAUAUGUGAUUUCAGUCAAAACGGCACCUGUUGUAAAUGUGUGGUGUGAUAGCAGCCAUCUGAUUGACCCACUGAAGAUCAGAGAGAAAACACACACUGCCAGCUUCACUAAAGAGAGCUUCAGAGGGACAGCAGAACUGGAUUGUAAGGCAGCAAAAUGUGAAACCAUGACUUGUGUCCUCAAAGAUCUGGAGAUGAAGACCAACUACUUUGUAAACAUCACCACUAGGAUCUGGAAUGGCACAUUUGCCUUUGCUGAUUUUCAGACAGUUUUAGUGGCUGGAAGCUCUGAGAUACAAACAUCUCAGCCUGAUCUCAUAGUCGUCACACACAAACAACAACAGAUAAAAAUUACAGUGAGUAAAGAAGGAGCGAUUGGAGAUAUUCCUAUUGGUAUAAUCAUAGGAAGUGUCAUUGGCGGCCUCCUCCUUUGGGCUCUAGCUACGGUGAUCCUAUGGAAGGUUGGCUUCUUCAAGAGGAAGACUUUGCCACAGGGAAAUGAACCGGAUCCGUCAGAACAAGAGGGUCUGUGUGAGAAUCCAGCAUGAACGGGACAUAAACACUCACCUCUGUGACUACAUGAGAAUAAUAUUACCUUGAAAUGUACAGAUUAAUAACUGAUAUUCAGUUUACUGCCAUUCGGGUUCUGCCAGGAGGUCUGGCUUGUGAAUAUCACUGUAUUUUAAACCAUCUCACAACUGUUGACUCUCAUGCACUCUCUCGUUCAGUGCUCACUCCUAUCUAGGCCUCAAAAGAAUGAACGAAUGAGUUGGUACACGCAUGAGAGCCUUAAAGACAGAGAGGGUGGGGUGAAUGUCUGAAGUUUAUGCCUCUGUCAGAUCCUGCUUCCUUCUCGUUCUGACUUGCUUCAGUUUGUACUUGGUUCUCAGUUAAAUCAUGACAAAUAAUUCUGUAAAUACAUCAUUUGAAGUUUGUCUUUUUCAUUAAUGUUCUGCUGUUUUCUGUUGUUGAGUGUUUCGGAGACGUUUACCUCGCUCAUGCACAAACCCCCAGUACGAUGA